CGCUUCAUUCUUAAAUCCCCUGCUGCUGCUGCUGCUGUUGUUGUUGUUGUUGCUGGUGCAGCUGCGUGGCGGCCAUGCGCUAAGGCCAUGAUGGUGGAGCCCCUGGGCGAGAUGGAGUGCGGCGCCUUGCACCGCCUCCUCCUGCACUCUUCUUCGGGGUCCAAGUGCCUCCUGCUGCUGGACUGCCGCCCCUUCCUGGCUCACAGCGCGGGCUUCAUCCGCGGGGCGCUCAACGUGCGCUGCAACACCAUCGUGCGGAGGAGGGCCAAGGGCGCCGUCAGCCUGGAGCAGAUCCUGCCGGCCGAGGAGGAGGCCCGCGCGGGGCUGCGCGAGGGCCUCUACGCCGCCGUGGUGCUCUACGACGAGCGCUGCCCGCGCGCCCAGGCCCUGCGCGAGGACAGCACCCUGGCCCUGGUCCUGCGCGCGCUCACCAGGGACGCCCAGCGCGCCCGACUCGCCCUCCUCAAAGGUGGCUAUGAGAGAUUCCAUGCAGAAUAUCCAGAAUUCUGUAUAAAGAUGAAAUCGCCUGCCGCUUUUUCCUUGCCAGCCGCCAUUGAACGUCUUGAGCAUAGCUGCAGUUCCUGUGGGACACCGCAGUACGAUCAGGGUGGCCCAGUGGAAAUCCUUCCUUUCCUCUUCCUGGGUAGUGCUCAUCAUGCCGCUAGGAGGGACAUGCUGGAUGCAUUGGGGAUCACAGCUUUGUUGAACGUCUCAUCAGACUGCCCAAACCACUUUGAAGGACACUUUCAGUACAAGUCUAUUCCGGUGGAAGAUAACCACAAAACUGACAUCAGCUCUUGGUUCAUGGAAGCAAUUGAAUACAUAGACUCUGUGAAGAUGUGCCAAGGCCGGGUCCUUGUGCACUGCCAAGCUGGCAUCUCCCGAUCGGCCACCAUCUGCUUAGCUUACCUGAUCAUGAAGAAGCGCGUGAAGCUCGAGGAGGCCUUUGAGUUUGUCAAGCAACGCCGGAGCAUCAUCUCUCCCAACUUCAGCUUCAUGGGACAGCUUCUUCAGUUUGAGUCCCAAGUACUGGCUACUUCGUGUGCUGCUGAGGCUGCCAGCCCCUCGGGAACAUUAAGAGAGAGGGGGAAGACCACUUCCACCCCGACCUCCCAGUUUGUCUUCAGCUUCCCUGUCUCAGUGGCCAUGUGUUCGACUCCCGGCAGCCUUCCAUAUCUUCACAGCCCCAUCACCACCUCUCCCACUUGCUAGACUAGCCUCCAAGGGUUGCACCCUGGGAUGAUGACAAGGAGCAAAACCUUGCAGCCCUGUUGGCCACUAUUAAAGGCAAUAACAAAAGGACUCUGCCUACCUUGCAGCCAGACAUCAUCCAUCCAAAGACAGAGCAAUAAAGCCUGCACUACAGCUGGAAAGGAACCUUUGGGAGCUGGGGAGAUGGGAGGGUCCAGAAUGCCUCCUCCGGGCAGGAUGUCUUACCUCAUUUUUAAUAUAUGUAUAAAUAAUAUAAAAUGUUGUGAAAUUUUAAUAGUUUUUUAGAAUUAGCUGAAUGUGUCAAUCUGUCUGUCCUUUGGGGUUAGGGAAUGAAAGAUAAUUGCCUUGUUGGAACUGGAGAAAGUUGUGAAAAAUUGCCAAAGCAGCUGCAUGUCAUUAUGUUCUUCUGAGCCCCGUUGAACUGGGCGUGUGCAUGAGAGAAAGGUAGGUUGUGCGUGUGUAAAUUGGGAUGUACUCCUAUGUCUGGAACGGUUGGUUGUCAACGCGUUGCUGAUUGCAACUUGAGCUGGAUUGGGGCCACUGUUUCCCAAAGUGCCUGGUUUUUGAUUUCUUGGUGGAUUGUGUUACAGAUUCUAAACUGCCACUGUUUUUAAGCAAAUGAGAAAGAGUAAGCAAUUUUAUGGUAAAACAAUUGUCAGAUUUCAUAAAUGCAUCUGUUGAAGUUCUGAUUAAAGCCAAUCAGAUCAAAAA